AUGCCGAGGAACAGAGCCUUCUCAGAACCCGAGUACUCUGCAGAGUAUUCGGCGGACUGCUCGGUGACGCUGCCCUCUGAUCCCGGGCAGGCGGUGGGGCGAACACAUGAGGUCACAGUUCGGAGCUCAGGAUGCUGCCUUUGCCUCCCUCGGUUCAUGCGCCUCACCUUUGCACCCGAGUCUCUGGAGAACCUUUACCAGACCUACUUCAGACGGCAGAGACAUGAAACCCUGCUGGUGCUGGUUGUGUUUGCCGCCCUCUUUGAUAGCUACAUCAUUGUCAUGUGCGCGGUGGUCUACACCUCUGACAAGCUGGCCUCUGUUUUAGUGGCAUCAGUGGGACUGGCAGCAGAUAUCAUCCUCUACCUGCUGUGCCGCUUCGGGUUACUGCCAGACCGUAUUUCGCGACGGGUGGUGCCCUACGCCCUGUGGGUGCUCAUAGCAGCUCAAAUAUUCUGCUACCUGGGUCUGAACUAUGCUCGCUUCCACCAGGCCAGCGACACAGUGGGCUGGCAGGCUUUCUUCAGCUUCUCCUUUUUCCUGACUCUGCCUUUGAGGUUGACACCCAUCGUACUCAUCACUACUGUAUCCUGCGGGGUCCACACCCUGGUUCUGGGGGUCACCAUCGCCCAGCAGCAGCAGGAGGACAUCAAGGGGGCAGCACUUGGCAGACAGCUUCUGGCCAACAUUGUGAUCUACAUUUGUGCCAUCACGGUGGGAGUCAUGUCAUACUACAUGGCAGACAGGAAGCAUCGGAAGGCCUUUCUGGAGGCCAGACAGUCACUGGAGGUCAAACUUAAUCUGGAGGAGCAGAGCCAGCAACAGGAACGUCUGCUGCUGUCCAUCCUUCCAAAGCACAUAGCAGAUGAGAUGCUGCAGGACAUGAAGAAGGAGCCCAGUCAGAAAGAGAUGCAGCAGUUCAACACCAUGUAUAUGUACAGACAUGAAAACGUUAGUAUUUUGUUUGCAGACAUUGUGGGCUUCACCCAGCUGUCAUCAUCCUGCAGCGCUCAGGAGCUGGUCAAACUACUCAAUGAGCUCUUUGCUCGCUUUGACAAACUGGCUGCAAAAUAUCACCAGCUGAGGAUUAAGAUCCUAGGAGACUGCUACUACUGCAUCUGUGGGCUUCCAGACUACAGGGAGGACCACGCUGCCUGCUCCAUCAUGAUGGGCCUGGCCAUGGUGGAAGCCAUCUCGUAUGUCCGGGAGAAGACCCAGACAGAUGUUGACAUGCGGGUUGGAGUCCACAGUGGAACAGUCCUGGGGGGAGUGCUGGGCCAGAAACGUUGGCAGUAUGAUGUGUGGUCCACUGAUGUCACUGUAGCCAACAAAAUGGAAGCUGGAGGUAUACCAGGUCGUGUCCACAUCUCACAGAGCACCAUGGAGUGUCUUCAUGGAGAGUUUGAUGUGGAGCCAGGGAAUGGAGGUGAUCGCUGUGACUACCUGAGGGAGAGGGGCAUCGACACCUACCUGGUGGUUGUUCCUAAAGGACCUUUGGGAAAGAAUGGCAUCAAUGGUGUAAAGCUGUCUGUAACCUCUUCCAAUGGAAACUCCCCGCUGUUAAUCAACACCACAGAAUGUAACGGCAGUGUAAAUACAGCCUGCACCACACCAGAGGAACCUGAAGAACUGGACACAAGGGUGGUGAACCCAUCUUUUCCUAACCCCCGACGAAGGCUGCGUCUGCGUGACCUGGCUGAAAGAGUGAUUGAUGCUCAGGAGAACGAACAGGAGCUCAACAAACUGCUCAACGAAGCUCUGCUGGAGAGAGAGACAGUCCAAGCUCUGAAGGGUAAACACACCAACCGACUCUCCCUGAGGUUUGUGGAUCCGGAGCUGGAGACUCGUUACUCGGUAGAGAAGGAGAAGCAGAGUGGAGCUGCCUUCUCCUGCUCCUGUGUGGUCCUGCUCUUCACUGCAACUAUGGAGGCACUCAUAGACCCCUGGCUGAUUGCAAACUACAUCACCUUUGCAGUGGGAGAAGUCCUGCUGCUAAUCCUGACAAUCUGUUCUCUGGCUGCCAUCUUCCCUAGAGUCUUUCCCAAGAAGCUGGUGUCUUUCUCCACCUGGAUAGACCACACCCGCUGGGCUCGUAACACCUGGGCCAUGGCAGCCAUCUUCAUCCUCACCAUGGCUGACAUCAUGGAUAUGCUGAGUUGUCUGCCUCGAGCCCCAGAUUCAGUCAGCACCACAGUGGCUCCCUCCUCCUCAUCAUCAUCAUCCUCAUCCUCCUCCUCCACAUGGUCUGGUCCUAAUAGUUGCCUGGACAACCCCAAAUAUUACAGUUUCAUUGCUGUGCUGGCACUCAUGGCCACCACUAUGCUCGUUCAAGUGAGUCACAUGGUGAAGCUCACACUGAUGCUGCUCAUCACCGUGGCUACAGGCAUCGUAAACAUCUACAGCUGGAGAGACAUCUUCGACUGCUAUGACAUGGCACGCUUCCAGGACUACAGGUCAUACUUGGUUCCCUCCAAGAUCACAAUGACAGUUAUGAUCUUCAUUAUGAUGGUCAGCUUCUAUUAUUUCUCCAGACAUGUGGAGAAGCUCGCCCGCACCCUGUUCCUGUGGAAGAUUGAGGUCCAUGAGCAGAAGGAGAAGGUGUAUGAGAUGAGGCGCUGGAACGAAGCACUGGUGACCAACAUGCUGCCUGAACAUGUCGCUCGACACUUCCUGGGUUCUAAGAAAAGGGACGAGGAGUUGUACAGUCAAUCCUACGAUGAGAUCGGGGUGAUGUUUGCCUCCAUCCCCAACUUCUCUGACUUCUACACAGAGGAGAGCAUCAAUAAUGGAGGGAUUGAAUGCUUACGGUUCCUCAACGAGAUCAUCUCAGACUUUGACAGUCUGUUGGAUGAGACUCAGUUCCGCUGCAUCACAAAGAUCAAGACCAUCGGCAGCACCUACAUGGCAGCAUCAGGUGUCACCCCAGACGUCAGCAAUGGCUACACCUGUAUGAAGAAGGAGGAGCAGUCUGACAGAGAGCGCUGGCAACACCUGGCAGACCUGGCAGACUUUGCUCUGGCCAUGAAGGUUACACUCAUGAACAUCAACUACCAGUCAUUCAACAACUUCAUGCUACGCAUCGGUCUGAAUAAAGGUGGAGUGUUAGCAGGAGUGAUCGGUGCCCGUAAACCCCACUAUGACAUCUGGGGCAACACUGUGAAUGUGGCCAGUCGCAUGGAGUCCACAGGAGUGAUGGGAAACAUUCAGGUUGUGGAGGACUGCUAUAACAUCCUGAAGGAGUACGGCUUCCGCUUUGUGAGGAGGGGGCCCAUCUUUGUGAAGGGGAAAGGAGAGCUGCUCACCUAUUUUCUUAAGGGAAGAGACAAACAAGGCUCAUUUAUCAAUGGCUCCUCUGUCACUCUGCCACACCAGGUGGUGGACAGCUAG